UGAUCCACUUUCUUCUGGGAAGCUUUUUUUUUUCUUUGUUGGGAAAUACUACCAGGAACAAAAACAUACGCAUGCAAGGCAAGUUUUCUUCACUCAAUGCAUGAAGGUUUCUUUCAGCCUACAUAUAAUGCUGUUUUCCCCAGAGGCAGUAGAGUCCUACAGCCACUAAUGUGAGCCUCUAAUUCUGUUUUCCACUCUCGCGCAGCACUGAUUCUUUUCUUCCUCCACCAAAGUCACCCAAGAGGCGCGCUGCAUGCCCAGCAACGGAUGAAUAAGCCUACUCCAGUGGGUUUUAAUGUCACUGAAUUAACGUCGAUGGAGGGAAAACGUAAAAGGGGAUGGUUUUGAGAUGAAGUUGGAGACUCUGUCACCAAAUACAGGAGGACGCACCUUUUGACAGCCUUUAUUUCCAUUUUUUCAUUAUUUUUGAGAGCUCCUGCAGGGAGAGGAAAAGAAUGGCGCUGAGUGGAAACUGCAGAACUAUUCCCAAAGACCUGCAGGCUUCAGUUCAGAACAGUUUCCCAGAUGUUGUUGAGUUAAACGUAGGGGGGCAGGUUUAUUACACCCGCCACUCAACUUUGGUGGGGACCCCGAAUUCGUUGCUCGGUAAGCUGUUCUCCAAAAAAGACGCAUCUAACGAUUUGGCGAGAGACCCCAAGGGCCGGUAUUUUAUCGACAGAGACGGGUUUUUAUUCCGAUAUGUUCUGGACUACCUCCGGGACAAGCAAGUCGUCCUCCCGGACCACUUCCCCGAGAAAGGGAGGCUCCGGAAAGAGGCAGAGUACUUCCAGCUGCCCGACCUGGUGAAGCUUUUGACCCCAGAGGACAUCAAGCACAGUCCGGAUGACUUCUUUCACAGCGACCACGAAGAUGGCUCUCAGGGUAGCGACCACCGACAGUGCCCACCGCCCUCUCUGGUCCCCGCGGACAGGAAGAGCGGUUUCAUCACGGUGGGAUACCGGGGGUCGUGCACCAUGGGGCGGGAGAGCCAGAGCGACGCCAAGUUCAGGAGAGUACCUCGGAUACUGAUCUGCGGCAGGGUGGCUCUGGCUAAAGAGGUGUUCGGGGAGACUCUAAACGAGAGCCGGGAUCCGGACAGGACCCCGGAGCGAUACACCUCCCGGUUUUAUCUCAAGUUCAAGCAUCUGGAGAGAGCGUUUGAUAUGUUGUCGGAGUGCGGCUUCCAGAUGGUGGCCUGCAACUCCUCAGUCACAGCCUCGUUUGUCAACCAGCACACAGAGGACAAGAUCUGGUCCAGCUACACUGAAUACGUCUUCUACCGGAAAGUUGCUCUGUAAGGGAAGUUAGAAGAAAAGGAAGAUAUUGAACAAGGAGAGGAUAUUGAAUUGAAGCUUC